AUGAAUGUUCUGAGACCCGAGACCUUCAAAGGCCAGAGUUCUGGUAAAUCUUCGGUGUUGGAAAGCGUGGUGGGCAGAGAUUUCUUGCCUCGUGGAUCUGGUAUUGAUACGAGGAGGCCACUGGUGUUGCAACUUCAUAAGAUAGAAGAUGGUCAGACUGAGUAUGCGGAGUUUCUUCAUGCUCCUAGAAAGAAGUAUACUGAUUUUGCUGCUGUGCGUAAGGAGAUCCAAGAUGAGACAGAUCGUAUUACUGGGAAAUCUAAGCAAAUAUCUAACAUUCCAAUUCAUCUGAGCAUAUAUUCUCCAAAUGUUGUAAACUUGACAGUCAUAGAUCUUCCUGGGUUGACAAAGGUUGUUGUAGAGGGACAACCGGAAACCAUUGUUGAAGAUAUUGAAAAUAUGGUCCGCUCUUAUGUUGAGAAGGUGAGUACAUGAAACAUUUCUUUUUUAUUUCUCUCUGUUCUUUUUUUAUAUUUUUAUUUUUGAAUUCGAAAUAAAUGGUGGCAGUUUUCCUAGCUCAUGUAGUCACUUGAUAAACCA